CAUCACAGGGCCCUGAACCUUUUCCAGGCGUCUGAGUUUUGCCACCUCCAGAGCUGGAUCUUCCUCUGCUGGGUCCUCAGUGAAGACCACUGCUGUACUGGUGACUGUGACCUGCCUGACCAUCACAGCACCAUGUCCACCCGGCGGACAUCCCCAGACCUGGACGUCGCAGCCAUCAUGUGCCUCUGCCUCUGCCUGCCGCAGCUGUUCUCCAUGUGUGUGGCCAUCUCCCUGGUGGCCGGCAGGGCCACCGAGUGGGGAGCCGCAGGAAACUGGUCCAUGUCCAUCUGGUGCUUCUGUUUCGCCAUGACCCUCGUGGUAUUCAUUGUUGAGUUCUAUGGAUUCCAUUCCCACUUUCCAUUUCUCUGGUUCAACUCCGUGACCUACGCCUGCUACGCCACCCUCCUCUGCCUCUCGGCCUCCAUCACCUACUCCAUCACCCACGUCCAGUUUCUGCCUGAUGGUCCUUACCGGGACUGGGUCGCCGCUGCCUCUGCCUUCUCCUGUGUCAUAUCAGCACUGUAUGCCAGAGAUGUGGCCUGCACAUGGGUCGCCUAUGGGUUCAAGGAGGUCCCCUGCUUUGUGCACACCGUGCCAGGCCUGCUGAAGGUGCUGGAGACCUUCAUGGCCUAUGUAGUUUCUGCCUGCAACAUGAACACCUCCCUGUACCUGCACCAGCCGGCCCUGGAGUGGUGUGUGGCCGUGUACUCCAUCUGCUUCAUCCUGGCAGCUGUGGUCCUCCUGCUGGACCUGGGCAAAUGGGAAUACAGGCUGCCCGGGCCCUUCUCCCUCUUCCAGCUUGUGCUCACCCUGCUGUCCGUCCUCCUCUAUAUCAGUGCUCUGGUCCUCUGGCCCCUCUACCAGUUCAGCGAGGAGCUCGGCGGGCAGCCCCAGAGGUCCAGCGAUGGGGACUGCAGGGACAAGCUCACCUACGACAUGUGCACCUGCGACCAGCGUCUGGUUGUGGCCGUCCUGACAGCCACCAACCUGCUGGUUUACGUGGCCGACCUGGGGUACUGGGCCCGCCAGGUCUUGGUAGGGACUGAGGACCAGCCCAGGGAUUCCUGAUCCUCUGCUCACAAAGGUAUCCUCACUGAGCUCUGGUGUCCUCUGAUGCCCUCUUCCUGGCUCCCUCUCUCCCUCCUCACAUCCUCCCCAUGCAUCUCACUCUCUUUCCUAUUUCCUUCCCUCCUUCUGCUCUGUCUCCUUCCUGCUUAGUGUAGCUGCCCAAGUCCUGUUUUGCCUUUUUCUCUUGCUUCUCUCAUCUUUUCUACAUUUUCUGCUUUUUGCCCCUUUUCUGGUCACCCUUGUUUUUCUUGUCUCCUGUGUCCUGACCACCUCUCCCCAUCUUCCUUCUUGUGAUCUGUCAGGACCUGAGACUCCUCCCUUCUCUGCCCACCGCUCCCUUCUGCCUCCUAAGGUGCUGACUGCACAGCACACAGCCCCCUCUGUGUGAUUCGGCCCCCCAUCUCCCAUGGGAGGGGAGUGUACAGGGCACCUGCCCUUUAACUUCAACUAAAAUAUCUGGACGUCUAUACUUUUCAGUGGCAGGAGUCUUGAAGCAGAAACUCUGGUUACUGGGCCCCACCUGGUGCUGCAGGUGAGGUGUUCCAGCCCCACCUGAGAUUGGCUCCAGAAUUUGUGCAGGCUCACUAAACACCCGCUGCCUAGAGGCCAUCUUAGAGGAAGCCAGGGGUAGAUACUGUCCAUCCCAGCUACUCUCUGGGGAAUCCAAGUAGGAGCUGGUGAAGCAACACAAAAACUUUAAGACACCUGUCUGCAGUGUUGGAGAGGGGAAGCGAUGUGGGCCUGCGGCCUCAGUGAUCAACACAGCAGGUCCUGCCUCUGCAGGGAGAAGAGUGUGGCCCCUGCAGCUUUAAGGUGUGUU